AUGAACAAACGGAGCGUAUUCACCUCCGUCACCCCUCUCCCUCCCUACAUCACCAGGGAGAUGGUGGUAAGGACGCUGCACGAGCACAGCGAGAUGAUCAAGCUGAAUCCGCUGGUCAUCGACUUCAAGAAGUGCUCGCCGCCGCCCUCUGCGCCCCCAGACGAAUUCCACUGCAUCUGGUACGAGCUCACGGACAAGGUGCAGUAUCUACCUGGCGGCCUCCUCUCCGGCAACGUCACGUACAAGGCCUGCUUCCACGAUCUUCCGGCAGGCCUGCAGACACACGUAUAUGCUCCCACCGGACUGGACAUACAGGAGAAAUGGAGCGUGGGAGGGAACAUGCCGGGCGAGCCGCGAGAGACGGUCGAACUGGGCAUACCGGGUGCGCCGCGCGAAGGGCUGUAUCUCCGUGAAGACGUCAAUAUGCGAUGCAACGUAUUAGCUACGGGUUUCGUGAAGAAGACGCUGAAGAAGGCGCACGGCGUGCUGGUCGACAGGCUCGUUCUAAAGGCAGAUAUCAUGGAGCAGAAGCGGGCGGAAUCAGAGACGGCGACUUCACCCUCGCUCUCACCAACCUUCCAGCAGGAUCGGAUGUCGCAUUGCUCGAGCUGGACGAACUCCGUCAACAGGGCUCGCAUGUCCGGCCAGAUGACGAUGGACAACCGGGUUCAUCCUGCCAUGAGUGUGUGCGGAUCGGUCUCGGAAAUCGACAGCGGUCCAGCAACCAUCGCGCAUCCUGACAGCAAUCCAAGCCAGCCUGGAGCUCAUGCGAACACCAAGGCAAACGUCUUCGAGCUCGCGUAG